AUGAAGACCACUCUAUUCAGCCUCCUGAUGUCAGCCACCCUGACCGUCGCCGCCCCAGUGUCUCAAGUCGAUGAUGAGCGAGUGGGAACAUAUCUUCCAGGAAUAUGCCACACUGCUGGUGUCGAUGAGCAGACUUGUCUCUACAGCGUAAUCGGAGGAGGUCCAAAUGCUGCGUGCUCCAUCGAUGGUGGUCAGUGCACCUACUACCUCGACCCGCAUGGACAGCGAUAUGCGAACUGUGUUUGA